CAUCCCUUGUUUCAAUUCGCAUGUAUGGUUUGACUGUGUGUGAAAGAAUUUGUGUGGUGUGUUCUGGAGUUUGGGAAUGUGUUUUGUGUUAUUCUGUCUGAGCAGGUAUUUGUGAUGAUAGAUCUUGAGAAGAUCUUUCCGACGCAACAAGAAUCGAUUCAAUCGGAGCAAGAACGCGAAAGCUAUGAAGAUUCAAAGUUCAUGAGCUUGCGUUACAAUUGCGGCGGUUACAAAAUUCUUGAACUUUGAUUGAACUCUUGAGAUUGAGUUAAGUUCUCCUCCUACAGCUUACCCCCUAGUGCGUCGAAAGCCAUAGCGUCGCGAAUACUUCAUCAAUCAACAUGAUUCAAUUUGGGAACGGUAGCUGAGCUUACGAUCUACAACAUAUCCGAGUUUCGCGAUAUUCCAACGGCUAGUUUUUUGUCGACGUCGUUUCUUGUGAGGACGACUUUUCUGUCCAGAAUUUCGGAUUUAUAUUUUGAGUAAUUCUAGCUCCUAAGUUCACCUAGACUUCGUCCUUAAUCCUAACAAGUGGUAUCAGAGCCAUAUUGAGGACAUUGAGAGGAGUCUACAGAAGUGUGAAGACCCUUUUAGACCCACCAUGGCCUGUGGGCGUGCCUAAGUGGUGUUCUAAAGGUUGGAUGUGACUUCCGCUAAGGGGAAACUCUGCCGAAAUUUCGUGGACGCCGACACUUGUGAAAAUAUCGAGGGAGCUGAGUCUGGACAGCAAAGGGGGAGCUGAAAUUCGUCAUUUCUCAAGGAGAAGAUGAAUGAGAGAGGAGGAGAUGCUAAUGGAAGAGGAGCUGUACCUGAGAAGACAAGUGAGCCGCCACCAUCAAAAGUUGAAGCUUUGGAUGGCUCCAACUAUGAGGAAUGGAGCGGGCGCAUGAGGAGUGCCUUCAAACGCUACAAGCUACUGAAGAUUGCUGUUGGGGAGGAGAAGAUGCCGGAAGAAGGCGAAGAACGCGAACGGUGGAUUGAGAAAAGCACGGUGCUUUUCGACCUCAUCCUUCAAUCGGUCAACAAUGAGAUGUUCGAGCACAUCAAGGAUCUUGUGGAAGCGGAUGAUUCGGGUCCAAGGGCGUGGAAACUACUACGCGAUGUGAUUCAGCCCAACACUCUUCCGAUGGUGAUCGUGCUCGAGAAGGAACUUGCUGCAAUCUCCAUGCGACCAGGGGAUGAUGUGAAGCUGAUCCUUGACAAGAUCAAGGACACCUAUGCAAGGAUGGCAGCAGCGGGCAGCAGCGUUUCUCAGCUGCAGCAGUGCACCAAGAUCAUCUCGGUGUUGGAUAACUCGUGGGACAACCUCAUCCCCACCCUCAACUCUCAGCAAGAUCAAUGGACACCUGAGUGGCUAAGGCAGCAGAUUCUGCAGGAGGACUUCCGCAGACGCCAUGUGGGAGGUGGUGCUUCCACUAAGACUGCUGAGGGGUAUGGAGCUGCAGGGCGCGGCAGAGGAAGAGGGGGUUGGAGAGGCCGAGGCCGUGGGAGGAGCUUUGGCAGAGGUAGUGGCCGAGGUGACUAUAAUGAGGGGCAUGGGAGCUCUAGUGGCAAGGGGAGUACCAGAAUGGAGGGCACCUGCUGGUACUGCAAGAAGGUCGGGCAUCCUUGGUUUAAGUGCUUCAGCAGGCCGGAGGGAUGGGCACCUCCAGGCAUGAAGCCGCCCAGUGGUGAACGCGCACAAGGUGGCGCUGUGCAAGGCUCAGGUGCACAAGGUGAAGGUGCACAAGGUAAUGCCUAUCCUGGGAUGUUUCUCAUGGUUGAGGAUGUGCAUGGGCAUGAGGGUGAUGUGGGAUCUGUGGGAAAGGUUGUGAUGCACCCUCUCACGCACUGGGUGAUUGAUUCGGGUUGCACCAGUCACAUGACCCCACGGGCAGAUUUGCUUGAUGAGGUAAAACCCCCUGGGAAGAUCAAGUAUGUGGCAGCAGCGUCAGGUGCUUUGCUCCCUGUCAUUGGUGUUGGAAAUGCCAAGGUUAAGGGAGCUAAUGGGGAGCUUGUGGGGCUUGGGAAUGUUCUGCUGGUUGAAGGCUUGUCUGCUAACCUUCUCUCUGUGCGACGACUGCAGAAGAGCAAGGCCGAAGUGACCUUUGGACGAACCAGCUGCCGUGCUAAGCUUGGGAAGAAGGUGCUGUGGAGUCUGGAAGAGGAGACCAGCUGCAUCAAGGACCUGUGGCAGCUGCCCAUCAUCCCAUGGAAUGGGAAGACUCCAACAGCAGCAACGGCAGCAGCGGCAAAGGCAACAGCAGGAGGAGAUGCAACUGCACCAACUGAUGGGGUCCUGGAAGCAGUCAAGAAAGUGCAGCAGCAGCAGACACAUGGUGAGGUGCUUGCUGGUGUGGAUGCGAGUGCGGCAUGGGCUAAGGCUUCAUCAAGGAGUGGAGAGGCCGAUUGGGAGACAUGGCAUGAGAGGCUGUGUCAUGUGAACUUCCCUAUGCUGCAGAAGUUGGUGAAGGAUGGGAGCCUGAAGGGCUUGGAGGUGAAAGGGGGAGUGAAGGAGAUUGGGAGCUGCCCUACAUGCUUGGAGACCAAGUUCUCCAAGUUCCCCUUCAACAGCACUACAGGACCAGCCAAGACCCCACUUGCACUUGUGCACAUGGAUGUGGUGGGGCCCACAAGAGCCCCUUCCCUCUCAGGCAGCCGCUAUUUCUUGACAAUUGUGGAUGACCACACUCGGGCAGUGUGGGUUUACCCUUUGAAGAGCAAGGGGGAGGUGGCAGCGGCUGUCCUUAAGGAGUGGAUGCCUAGAGCUCAGAGGGAAUGCGGACACAAGGUGAAGGUGAUCCGCAGUGACAAUGGUGGGGAGUUCAUUGGAGCUGAUUUUGAGGGGGAGUUGAAGAGGAAGGGGAUCCAACAUCAACUGACAGUGCCCUACAACCCGCAGCAGAAUGGCGUGGCUGAGAGGUUCAACAGGACCCUGCAGGAGGGGGCACGCACUCUCCUUGGGCGUGCAGGGCUGCCUGAUCCGUUUUGGGUGUCUGCACUGAGGCAGGUCGCCCUUGUGAAGAACAGGGUGCUGGCUACAGUUGGAGAUAAGGAGUGGAUCCCAUAUACCAAGUGGUAUGGGAGUGCUCCAGCUGUGAACAUGCUGAGGGCAUUUGGGUGCAUGGUGGUGUUUCAUGUGCCUAAGGAGAAAAGGGGGAAGUUGGAGGCUUCUAGAAGAUGGGGUGUGCACUUAGGGAUUGCAAAGGAUCACAAGGGGUGGCUGCUAUGGGACUUGACCACCCAGAAGUUGACAGUGUCAAGGGAUGUGAAGUUUCUUGAGUCCCUGUACUACAAGGAAUGGAAGCAGCAGCAACAGAAGCUUCCAUCUACACCGCUCAUUGUGGAGGCAGAUGAGGUGCAGCAGCCUUCAAGACAGGUGGAGGUUGCAGUGUCAGAGGAGGAGAUGUCUGGGGUGACUGAGGAAGGGGGAGCAGCUGAAGUGGAGCAGCAGCAGCAGCAGGAGCAGCAGCAGCAGCAUGAGUCUCCACCUCGAGUUCCACACCCGCCUGAGCGACCUAGGAGGGAUGUGCGCCCUCCGGUGAGGCUAACCUAUGGGGGAAGAGGCAAGCCGAAUGUGGUGCAGGCUGGGAGUGUGGUUGAGCAGAUUGAGGAAGAUGAGAUCGCUCACUGCUACUGGGCACCAAUCCCUGAGCCCAAGACUCGAGAGGAGGCUUUGAAUGGACCAAAUGGGGAGAAGUGGAAGGCGAGUGAGGAUGAGGAGUUCGAGUCCCUAAUUGAGAACGAGACAUGGGACCUGUGUGACUUGCCUCCUGGAAAGAAGGCAAUCACUUCCAAGAUGAUCUACAGGCACAAGUAUGGACCUGAAGGGGAGCUGAUCCGCUACAAGUCUAGGCUUGUGGCACGGGGGUUUCAGCAGACAAAGGGGAAGGACUAUGAUGAGGUGUUUGCUCCUGUGGGGAAAGGAACAACACUGAGGGUGCUGUUGGCGAUAGCUGCACUCCUGGGAUGGAAGAUUCGGCAGAUGGAUAUUGUGACUGCCUUUCUGAAUGGGAUCAUUAUGGAGGAGGUGUACAUGAAGCAGCCAGAGGGGCUGGAUGACGGGAGCGGCAGGGUCUGCGGCUGAAGAAGGCCAUCUAUGGCCUUAAGCAGGCGCCUCGUGCAUGGUAUCACAAGUUGGAGGAGGCGCUGUUGGCUGGGGGUUUCAAGAAGAGUGAGUGUG